UCUUCUUCUUGUCUUCUCGCUGCAGCCACCCGAAGAGAAAAAAAAAAAAGAAACCCAGCCAGCCUUUGAGAAAACCGGUAAGGAGGCUUGAUUUCUCCUUCUUUUCUUGCUCUAGAACACUCCUAGAACCCAGAAAUCUCUCCCCCUCUGCUGGAAAACCCGGAUCUGCUGCUGCUCUGCUCCUCACCGCCGGCUGUUCCUUGCUUGUGAGUGCGAAUUGCCUUGAUUUUCUGAACCCGUGAGCUUUCCCUGCAGCUUGCCGCCGGCCCCUUCCCCCCUGCAGCUCCGGUUUCUACAGCUGGAGAAUUAUGGUUCCCGAUCGUUCUGUCAGUUAGUACGUGAAUUGAGUGCUCGGUUUUAUACAAGUGAGGAAGUGAAACCGAGGACGGGGAAACCACGGGAAGUGACGAGUUAGUAGGCUAGCCAUAGUGUAAUUGGAUAUAAAUUUUAGAUAUGAAUCACAAUCUUGUAUUUGGAGAUUAUGAUAUCAGAGCAAAUUAUAUAAUUUGAUCUUCAGAUUUUGAUGAAGACCGAAGAACACAAACAGAAGACCCAUGUUUUUGAUCUUUCUUUCCAGUGAAGAUAAAUUUUUGGUUGAGACAAAAGAUCAAACACGUAGAGAACUCACCAGGGUCACCAUUCUCAGCACUGAUGAGCUGCAGGGAGACUUUCCGCCCGAUCAACUCAUCAAGCCUGUCGAUAAUUGAUGCAUUGAAGUCGUUGAAGUCCAGAAC